CUGUGAUGUCGCGCGAAUGGGCGGUACUGGCUGGGUGCGUGGUGAGGCGCGAGUGGCAGACGACUCUGAUUUCCAAACCUUAAAGAACCUCCUUGCUUCUGACAUCGGCUGGAAUCUGGAGUAUGAGAGGGACGGCGUCAAAGUUUGGGCCGAAGAUGCCGCCCAUGGCGCGCUUCGGACCGUCAAGGUGGUUGCGGAUUUCGAAGACGUGGAACCGGAUGCACUUUACGACGUGCUCCAUGACCCAGAGUACCGGUCAGUGUGGGACACGCAUAUGUUGGCGGCCGAGGACGCCGGCCACAUCAAUGUCAACAACGACGUUGGGUACUAUGCCAUGUCAUGUCCAGCGCCGCUCAAGAACCGUGAUUUCGUGCUGCAGCGCUCCUGGCUUGACACGGGUGACGAGAAGAUGAUCCUUAACCAUUCUGUGUACCACAAGGACUAUCCACCAAGAAAAGGAUUUGUUAGGGCCUUAUCGUUGCUGACCGGGUUCGUUGUUCGUUCGAGAACAGUCGGUCCGGGUAGUUGGCUGGGCUAUGUGUCUCGGUCUGAUCCGAGAGGCGCGUUGCCCGCUUGGCUUGUCAACAGGGUAACAGCACAGCUCGCUCCAAGAUUAGUUCAUCAAUUACAAGCAGCUGCCCGUCGCUAUCCCGGGUGGAAGGCACUAACUGAUCACCCUUACCACAAGCCCUGGCGACACCCUGAACAGGUUCCCUCAUAUAGAAUUAAACUUGAAGAUUGCAUUGACCCGGAUGCUCCGCCUCCGCCAGCUCCUCCGCAGGAACCAAAACCAAAUACAUCCAAGAAACUCUCGGUCCCACAAGUACAAGUCAAGGAAGUAGAGAGUCAGAGUGUCGAAGACUUGGGAGACAUAUCAUCAGAGUUCAGCGUAGAAGUUGAAGAACUUUCCGACCUCAACAUAGACCCUACGAAGAAAAAAGGAAAAUUCUAUAGACUAGUCAAAUCAAUGAAGAAUAGGCGGAAAAGCGUUCAAGUGACAAAGAGCACAGAUAAUCUAGUUGAUGGGAAGCCAGAGGAAAAGCAGGAAAAGAAAAAGCCGUUUAAGUUUCAUCGUAGGUUCAGUUUGAGUAGGGGUCGGGAAGAUUGAUAUUGUUCGUUAAGAGUCAAGUAAUAAAUAAUGGUAUGAAUUCUAAGUAAAGAAAUGUUUCGGUUGUGUAUUGAGCUCGUGGUUAUAUAUGGGUACUCAUUUAAGGUCGUAUAUGUAAUGAAAUGGUUUAGUGAUGGGUCUCGUAGCAAAAGCGUAGCAUUCAGGUACCCGGCAUUGCUACGAACUACGGGAACGUAAAGAGCACAUGAUAUAUUUGUGUUUUGUUUUUUUGGAAUUUUAAUUUAAUAUUUAAUUUAAACAAACUAUUUUGUUAUUAGCUUGAUAUUUUAUAACUCAUAAAAAUGUUUAAAUUUAUUACUUCCCACGUCAUUACAUAAACUUGUUCAUGAGUACCGAAUAGUAGAAUUGCUACCAUUUACUGUGAUCGUAUAUGUUAAAGGAAUAUUUAAGUGAAUUGUUCGUUGUAGCCGGUUUUAUACGCCCUACUUGAUGUUGAUGUAGUGAUGUUGUUUGGAUGUGUAAAAGUUAUAUAUUACAUUUUAUACAAAGUUUCACACGUAUUCUUCUGUGAGGAUGGCUUAACAUUGUGAACUGAGUAUUUAAUGCAUUAAAGUUAUUAAAUGCCAUCUUUAGCAAAAUUUCUGGCUUGUCUACUUUUAACCAAAAUAUGAUUUAUCGCUUAGCGCCUUAACAUUUUGGAUUGGAACGCACUUAUAAGUGCAAUUCUCCAUCUUUGUAGAGUUAUAGGUGUUCAGUGACGUGGUUGGCUGAAAAUAUACUAUCUUCACUCUUUAUCUAGCAACAUAUCUAUAUUAUGAUUAAGCUUAGUGAACCUUCAGAAAUCAAGGGGAAUGUCGGCUGAUUCUCAUUAUUGCAAAAAAGCUAAUGAAUUUAUGGUGUGUUUUGUUUCUUUUAAAAUUGAGGAACUUAACGAAACCUAUUCUGAUAAUUCCCUACUAUUUACAAUUUCACCAUAGUAUGCAUCAUCUUUAAACCUAAAUCUUGAGAAACAUAUCUAUAUACAAUUUGGUAAAUUUUUUCCAAUGUUACAAGUCUGCGCAUCAGACAUUGGCCGUGGUAACUAGGUACAAAGAUUGUAAGUUUGUUAUUUCUACAUUUAAAUAUUGUAGAUAAAUUAAAACUUACUUAAAAGGUGUUUAUAAGUAAAAACUAUACCAAACUCAUAAGACCAGUGGAUGUAGCUUAAAUGUAUAAAGGCUUUUGUAAUGAGCUUUAUAAAGUUAUAUUCUUUUUAUACUUCAAGACGUGAAAUAGCUAUAGCGGGUGUAAAAGUAUUUACAUUUUACCUUAACUCUUUUUAUUAAAUUAAGUAAAGCUUCCACGAACUUCCGUUGUAUUAUUUUAUCAUGUAUAUUAAUUAAUUCAAUUUUAAACACUUAGCCAGUCGUAC